ACCGCCGUCCCCGCAGUUGGGUUCGAGUUCUGGAAGCAGCUCUGCGCUGAGCACGGCAUCAGCCCCGAGGGCAUCGUGGAGGAGUUUGCCACUGAGGGUACCGACCGCAAGGACGUCUUCUUCUACCAGGCGGAUGAUGAGCACUACAUCCCACGAGCUGUGCUGCUGGACCUGGAGCCCCGAGUCAUCCACUCCAUCUUGAACUCCCCUUAUGCUAACCUCUACAAUCCGGAAAACAUCUAUCUGUCUGAGCAUGGAGGUGGAGCCGGGAAUAACUGGGCCAGUGGCUUCUCACAGGGAGAAAAAAUCCAUGAAGAUAUAUUUGACAUAAUAGACAGAGAGGCUGAUGGGAGUGACAGUUUGGAAGGAUUCGUGCUUUGCCACUCUAUUGCUGGUGGAACAGGCUCUGGGCUGGGCUCUUACCUCCUCGAGAGACUGAAUGACAGGUAUCCCAAGAAGCUGGUGGAGACCUACUCGGUUUUCCCAAACCAGGAUGAGAUGAGUGAUGUUGUGGUCCAACCAUACAACUCUCUACUGACACUGAAGAGACUGACUCAGAAUGCUGACUGCGUGGUGGUUCUAGAUAACACUGCCUUGAAUCGUAUCGCGACAGAUCGGCUGCACAUUCAAAACCCAUCAUUCUCUCAGAUCAACCAGCUGGUCUCCACCAUCAUGUCUGCCAGCACCACCACACUCAGGUAUCCCGGGUACAUGAACAACGACCUCAUCGGUCUGAUUGCCUCGCUGAUUCCCACCCCACGACUGCACUUCCUCAUGACGGGGUACACACCACUCACCACAGACCAGUCGGAUGUUACUCAGAGAAGCAAAUCCGAAAAACUGCUGGCUCUGAAAAGGGUGGCCAGCGUGAGGAAAACCACAGUCCUGGAUGUGAUGAGAAGAUUGCUGCAGCCUAAAAACGUGAUGGUGUCCACAGGUCGAGACAGGCAGACCAACCAUUGCUACAUUGCCAUCCUGAACAUCAUCCAGGGGGAGGUAGAUCCCACACAGGUUCACAAGAGUCUGCAGCGGAUCCGGGAGAGGAAGCUGGCUAACUUCAUUCCCUGGGGUCCUGCCAGCAUCCAGGUGGCUUUGUCACGGAAGUCCCCUUACCUGCCCUCGGCACACCGUGUCAGCGGCCUCAUGAUGGCAAAUCACACCAACAUCUCCUCGCUGUUUGAGCGGACGUGCCGGCAGUACGACAAGCUGCGCAAGCGGGAGGCUUUCCUGGAGCAGUUCCGCAAGGAGGACAUCUUCAAGGACAACUUCGAUGAGCUGGACAACUCACGGGAGAUUGUGCAGCAGCUGAUCGAUGAGUACCACGCGGCCACGCGCCCCGACUACAUCUCGUGGGGCACGCAGGAGCAGUGA